GCUACGGCCCGUUAAAACCUUCUUCGUUUUGAAUUGACCACCAUGUAUGAUUUAUCUUUCCGGCGGUGCCGUCGUCAAUACACACAUGGUCCUAGAUAAAACAUCGGCGACCUCUUUGUCAUGUUAAGAAGCAAACGUCGUGGCUGUGAAGUGCACGUUCUCCCCAGGAUCCCGAUCUGCGCAGGAAGAGGUACUUUGGUACUCCACCAUGCCCUCCUCCGCCAUCUUUCCGGACUGGGUCCAUGGUCAUCCCAAGAACGAAAAGACCAAACCACAUGAAGUGCCUAAACACAAACCGAAAGCGAGACCGCCGAGGGGCAUGAGAGAUAGAAUCCCGCUCUAUGGCAAGCUCCCAAGAUAUACCGGCCCUUAUCAAGUUGGCACCAUUGACCUUGAAGUCCCCGCCAAACAACCACGCACCUUUUCCGACAUCACUCGCCAAAAGGUCCACAUCAUUGCACUCGAAACAGUCUUGAUGACCAUCUACUAUCCAGCCCAUGUCGACUCAAUGGCCCAUGUUGACAAGUCUACCGUACUGCAGACCUUUCGACCAACUUGGCUGAGUCGGCCCAGAGAACAGACGAGUCGCGGAUAUGCUAAAUUUGCCUCACUCCCGGAGAACGUUGCACUGGCAUGGUUUCUUUGCACGACCUGGUUCACGAAACUACCCGCCUUUAAAAAUGCCCACAUUGCAGAACAUUGGCCGCAACAUGGCGCAGCUCGAGAAAAUCAUCGCAGCCAUGAGAGACAUGUGGGUAAUCCACCACCAGGAGGGCCAGAGAAGCCUAAAUUUCCGCUCAUACUGUUCAGUCAUGGGCUUGGAGGUACGAGAACAGCUUACUCCUCUGUGUGUGGCGAAUUCGCAAGUCACGGAUUUGUGGUUGUCGCGCUGGAGCACAGAGAUGGCAGCGGACCGCGGACAUUGAUCAAUCAUCCUGACAACAGCCCCGCAAGCCGAGAGUGUGUGGAGAAGCGAGGAAACGUUGAACACUUCAAGUCCAGCAAAGAGAAACCCUAUGAUGUGGUUGACUUCAUCUUUCCCAAGCACGACAGAAAUGAUACGACACCCGGUCACACGGUGGACAAAGAGCUACGCCGAGCACAAAUAGAUCUUCGUUUGGCGGAAAUCCACGAAGCAUAUCAAGUCAUGCAGGAGAUAUGUGCUGGCAACGGCGACAAGGUUGCAGCUCGAAAUCUUCGGCUGAAAGGUGCCAUUGGCGCGUCCAAGCGAGGGCUCGAAGGUAUUGACUGGUCAACGUGGACAGACCGAUUCCAUACCCAAGGCGUCACAAUGGUCGGACAUUCAUUCGGUGCGACCACCACCGUCAGCCUUCUCCGACAGAGGGAGAAAUUCAAGUACAUCACGCAAGGCAUCGUAUACGACAUAUGGGGCAUGGCGGUUUUACCUCCGCCUGACGAUCCGAAAUACCGUCUACAUGUGCCUCUGCUGGGAAUCAACUCGGAAGCAUUUAUGUACUGGCGUGAGAACCUCAAAGUGGCGACUGACACAAUCCAAGAAGCACUGGAUGAAGGUCAGCCUGCCUGGCUCAUGACCGUGCGCGGAACGGUCCAUAUCUCGCAAUCGGAUUUCUGCAUCCUGUAUCCGCAUGUGGCCAGUCUCGUCAUGAAAAUGACCAUCGAUCCAGUCCGAGCCAUUGAUCUCAAUAUCGACGCAUCCUUGGACUUUCUCUCACGAAUCAUGCCCGAGCAGAUACGAAACGAGCAGCCAUUUAUGAGGAGUGUAGGCGAUAAGAGAUUGCUGGACCUCGAAGUCACGCAUAGCAUUCCGGAAGAGCAUCAACCGGACCCCAAAUACAUGGCGGUCAAGCUGAAAGUCAAGCAUGAGGCAAGGAAACGGUUGGUCCCUGGAACAAGAAGAAAAUACUGGGAGCGGUUGGAGAAGUCGCGUGAGGAGGUUUGGCUUCAUUUGAGCCCGGAUUGUUCCAAGGUUGGAAGAUGCCAGACGUGCGUGGAUAGGAGGACUGGAUAUGCUGAACUCAACAGCAGUCAGCCACAAGACGAAGAAGAAGUUGGUGACUGGGAGAAUAUUGUGGACGAGCCGAAUUCAACAUCAAAUGCUCUUGUAUCAUGAGCUGCUGCUGAUGGUGGAUUCAUUAGGCAUUCUAGCCGCUCCAACCAGAUAUGCGCUCGAAAAUCCCAGCUGUCGCAAAAGCGGGAAGGAUGUCGGGGCAGAUCAUCCGA